GCAGACGCACAAAAAAAUGGCGGCGAAGUCGUGACUCACGUGUUGAGUUCAGUUGUCACGUUUCUAGCUGAAGAGAAAGCUUCCCUAUGAAUUUCCUUUCAUACAAAGAGUGCCCCGAAGAGGGAGAUACAGUCAUUGUGUACCUGAGUUUCGCAAAUAUUUACGCUUUGAAGCUCGUACGCGGCGAAGUUUUCCAGACGAAAUAUGGGGCCCUCAAACACGACGUCGUUAUUGGCAAACAGUACGGUUCCAAAGUUGACUGCUCGCGCGGGUACGUCUACAUUCUGUUUCCAACGCCAGAGUUAUGGACGUUGACGCUACCGCAUCGGACGCAGAUCUUGUACAGUCGUGACAUCAGCUUUGUGACUUUGCAACUGGACCUGAAACCCGGCUCUAUCGUCUGUGAAGCCGGUACUGGCAGUGGAUCAAUGACACAUGCCUUGGCUCGUACAAUAGGUCCCAGUGGCCACGUACACACUUUUGACUUCCACGAACACAGAGCUGAACUUGCACGUCGUGAGUUUGAAGAGCAUGCUAUGACGAAAGUCGUGACCGCGUCGCACAGAGAUGUUUGUGAAGACGGAUUUGGCUUACAAGAUGUUGCAGACGCUGUCUUCCUCGACUUGCCACAUCCUUGGAAAGUCAUUGAAUCUGCUGUGAAAGCCUUCAAGGCCACAUCUGGAGGACGCCUCUGUUCCUUCUCGCCGUGCAUGGAACAAGUGCAGAGGACCUGUCAAGCGCUCCAGUCUCACGGCUUCGUUGACAUCACCACGUACGAGUGCCUGGAGCGGCCGUUCGAAGUGAAACGUGUGGCGCUGCAGGACGCCCUCGGUAAUUCUGCGUCCAAAGUGUCUCGCAAGAAGCGGAAAGCGAAAUCCGACGAGAAUGUCUCUGACGUCGGUGCCGCAACGGAAGCAGACGACACUACGCAGACGACAACUGGCGAAGCAGACGACGGUAGCUUUCUGGCUGCCGUGCCGUCGCUCCAGAUACCGGGACAUACGGGGUACCUGACGUUUGCGACGUUGUUAGCGACUUAGCGCGACGUUAAAGACUAUAUAUCGGAACUACUGGGUAAGAAAGACAACGGAAGUAAGGAGGUCAUAUUUAGACGCCCGUCUUCCAAAUUUAUAUGACAGGUUUCUGGCGCAUGCAGAUAAACUACGUCACGAAGCAUUA